AAAUUCUAUUUGUUUUGGGUGUUACGUUAUGAUUGUUUUGGUUGAUCCCGCAAGAUAAAUAAAGCGAAAAAAGCGCGCGUUCCCAAAAAGUGUCAUUUCGCGCAAAAUUCAGUCCACUGAGGCCUCAAACGAAUUAAAGCAGCGCUUACAUUCAAAAUUAAACAUAUUUGGAGCGAAAUCAAUAUGCGAGUGACGUAAAAUUUCCUAUUGACUGGGCAGUCGAGAGAGAGAUGAAACAGUCGUUAGAGAAGCCGCACGAAAAGCGAUUUUCCGCGAAAAGUACGCAAAUUAAAUAAUCGAAAAUCUCCGCCUGGCCUCGCCGCCACCGAGCGACCCGGAGCGGGGCGUGCGGGCCCGCAAGGGGGCCCCCGGCGGGCUGCCGCCCGGAAGGUAGAUGAGUCGUUUAGGGCCCGAGAUCCACCCCUUGCUCACCGAGGACGUCGUCAAGGCGCUGCACGGGAGGAAAGUGUGGACGGUGGGGGACUUCGUCAAGGUGGACACGCAGCAGAUUAUCAAAAUCGCACGACUCAAUUUCAGAGAAGUGCGAGCGGUAAAAAACUAUCUCCUGAAAAAGUUUUCAGCCACACCUGUGAACGGAUUCGAUUUCUAUAAAAACGUACUCAAAAAUACGGCCAUUAUCCCCACAGGAAUUAAAGGCGUGGACCAGUUGCUAAAUGGAGGAUUAUUUACUGGAAAUAUUUACGAGUUAUGUGGGCCCCCAGCUUCCGGCAAAACCCAUUUCGUUUUAACUUUAAUCAAAAAUGUGAUCUUGAAUAUGGACCAAAAUGUUCACAUUUUCGACACGAAAAACGACUUCUCGGCUGUAAAAAUGAAGCAAAUGUUGAAGAACUGUGAUGAGGACCGACGAACUAAAAGUUUGGGCAAGAUAAUAGUAAACCGCUGUUACACAAGAUACGAUUUAAUCAAUAGUUUAUACGAAAUUAAAAACGACUUGGAAAACAAUAUGAAACUACGGUUGAUUAUCGUCGAUUCUCUUCCCGGCGUGAUCUUAAAUUCAAACGACCACCUAACAAACAAUUUAUAUCUCAAUCAUAUCGCAAACAUAAUGAGAUAUAUUGCAACUGAGCACCAUGUCGCAUUUUUAGUCACGAAUUUAAUAACAACAUGGACUGACGGUGGCUUCAAGACCCAGCAAGAAACUUCCGAGACUAUUACGUGUGGGAAAUACUGGUCCAGUGUCCCCAACACUCGCCUCAGAAUUGAAAAAAUGGAAAAUUCAGGCGGGUGCAAGUUGUCUGUGUUAAGGAGUGACACUUUGAACCAAAAAGUGAACAGUUGUGCGGACAUUGUGCCCACUGAAGAUGGAUUUUUAUGAUCUAGAAAUUUAUUUUAAUACAACUGUCGCGUUUUAUCAUGUAGGGAUCGAUUUUAAUUAAAUUUUUACAGCGCUA